CUUAACAAUGUCUAAACCAAGGCGGCUGCAUGGGAAGGUGGCUCUCAUAACAGGAGCCGCCAGCGGCAUCGGCGAGGAGACGGCGAGACUAUUUGCAGCCAACGGCGCUUUCGUUGUCGUAGCCGACAUCGAUAACGAACUGGGUAGGAAGGUGGCUGCCUCCAUCGGCAUCGACCAAGCCAGCUUUCACCAUUGUGAUGUUAGAGACGAGAAGCAAGUUGAAGAAAUGGUGAGCUACACCGUUGAAAAACAUGGCCGCCUCGACAUUCUCUUUAGCAAUGCCGGCAUCAUGGGCUCUCUCGCUUCAAUUCUAUCGCUUGAUAUAUCCGAUUUCGAUGACAUAUUUGCAACCAACGUCCGUGGAGUGGUUGGGACGAUUAAGCACGGUGCGCGAGCAAUGGUGGAGAAAAACAUACGUGGGUCGAUCAUUUGCACGACGAGCGUGUCGGCCACGAUAGGAGGGGCGGGGCCGAUGGCAUACACAAGCUCGAAGCAUGCGGUGUUGGGGGUGGUGAGGUCGAGCAGCUUGGAGCUUGGGGCGUAUGGGAUUAGAGUGAACUGUGUGUCGCCAUAUGGGGUGGCAACGCCGAUGAGUCGCCGGGCUUUGAAUUUGGAAGACCGUAUGAUUGAAGAGAUUGUUUGUUCGAAGGCAAGCUUGAAGGGUGCGGUGCUGAAGGCUAGCCAUGUUGCUGAGGCCGCUCUGUUCCUUGCAUCUGAUGAAUCAGCUUAUAUAAGUGGUCAAAACUUGGUGGUUGAUGGUGGCUUCACGGCCGUCAGAUCAGCCGUAUGAUUCAGUGGUCUUAAGGGUUUGUAUGAUUUGAGUAAUAAUGUUCUACUUUUGAAACAUUUCAAAGUUGGAACUUUGAGGAAUAAACACACCUUCAAUUGCAAUGAAAA